AUGUCAAAACCAGAGCUAUAUGACCAGUAUAUGAUCACAUCUCUUCCUCGUACGCCUGACUUGGACUUAUCUGAGAAAGUUGUGGUAUCAACAAUAAAAUACAUCGACACAUCUAUUAUUGAUAUAGGGGUUUCAAAAUCAACCAUAUCCAGUUACAUCACCAAACCUACACCGAAACUAUUAUGGUCUUAUUCAUUGAAUCCAACAACAAUGGUUGAUUGUAUGGAUGUAUUAGUCAAAGACGACAAAAAGUAUUAUGUCUGUGGUUUGAGUGAUCGAAAAAAGUUUAGGCUUUUAUUGCUUGAAACGACUCGUUCAAUUACCGAAGAUGGGAAUGCCAAUUAUGCAACAACCAAUGAAUUCGAAUUGAAAUUAGAUAGGAAAGCUGCUGCAAUUAGUUUUAUGUCUCCAGAGAUCAUCACGGUUGUUUAUGUGAACGGGUCUGCUGAAGAAGUUGAGUUUUCCGAAAGCACUUUAAAAUUUAGUGGUGUGAAGUACACUGGUACCAAAAACAAAGAUACCGUUGUCUACAGUGAGUUUGUCAACGAUUUAGAAGACAAUUUAUUACUUACAGUUUCCAGAAAUUCUAAGAACACAAUUUACAAGUUGAUAUCAAUCAACUCCAAGAACUCCAUAUUUGAAGUCAACUCGCAUUCAGUUUCAGGGGUGUCUGAUGAUGCCAAGUUUUGUUACUCGUCAGGGUCAUUAUACCAAUAUACCAAUAAAGCCAUCGAGUCACGUCUGAUCACCAAUUUCAAAAUCACAAACACAAUUUGCGUUGACAGUAUUAUAAACGACGAAGAAAUCACAUCCGUUGCUGCCCCAGCACCAGAUCGUAUUUUGAUUGGUAAUGCCAAUAUGAUUUAUCUCAUAAAUGUUAGGUUUGCUUCGCUUUUAUCAUCAUUCAAAUCAUCAUCAAGCUCAUCUCAUCCUAUCCCUGAUAAGGUGUUUCUCAAUCAAGUUGUCCCCGUCAAAGGCAAUUCGACCAACUCGUACAUAUCCAUGGCAGUUUAUCUCAAUUUGAAAAACAAAGACAAUAACGUUUACUUGAAUGUCAUUGAUGUAAAUGUCGGGAUGAACAAAUUGAGUGAAUGUUUAGGCAAAUCAUUAAAUAAACUGAAAUCAACUUUCCAUGAGAUCCCUGAGUUGUUCAAUAUCCAAGAUACUUUACCUUCAAAUGGCGAAAUCCAAGAAGUUUAUCUGUAUUUAAAAGACGCUAGAGAGGCACAAGAUUUGAAUAAAUGGGAAUCCAUACUAAUUCCAUACUUGAAGAAUAAAAAGACCUGGGCCCAAAUCAAGAGUUUAUUGAGUACAAAACCAUUAAAGACAGAUAAAGUAUACGAAUUUAAGGAAUUUGAAGAUGACAAAGAUAGAGUUAUUGAUAUUGGAUUUAUUGAAUCAGUUUUAGAGUUGAUUUUCACUGAAGACCCACUUGCCUUUGCUAAUGAGGAAUUUGUUCCUGAGUAUACGUUGAUGUAUCUUUUGACCAACCCAUUAUUCCCAAUAAAAUUUACCCUGGGCUUGAUUGAGUUGUUUAGUAUAACAGGCAACACAACCUUAUUGAGACAGGCAGUAAAUACAUGUCCUAAUAUUCCAUGUCGUGACUUGUUGGACCAACUUGUGAUUGAACAAAACAAGGAGACGUUACUUGAUCUUAUCAAUAGAUUAAUUGGCGAAUUUUCUCGCAAGGAAAUCACAAACAACUUUAAACAACUAAUUCAAUUACAGGGAAAUGCAGUGGACGUGGUUGAAUUGAUUUCCAAGUUGAUUGGCUUACCAGGAAACAACAAUUGGUAUUUAAUCGAAAUUUUGAUUGAUGUCAAUGGAUUAUUCAAUUGGGAUAUGGAAGAUAUCAAAGCUUUGGAAGAAAUAAUUUCUCACAAAGUAGAAGCAUUAACUAUAAAUAGCUAUAAUUUGACUUUAUCUCAUCAAGUGAUGUUGCAUAACAAGAGAUUAUCGAAAAAAGCCAAAGAAAAGGGGUCUUCUUCACAAUUAGAUAACCUCUUAACGUUGACGAACCAUACUACAAGUGCCAAGUUUGAUGAUGCAUCAGAAGAGGCUAAUGUAAAAGUUCCUGUCUAUUCAGUUGAACGAGUUGCUUUUUAG